UUACCGUAACGGGUGGCAAAUCCUGUCUUGUGCGGCUGCGACAGCAGCAGAAGGUAGGAAGGGUUUGCAGUUGGCGCCUCAGCAGGACAGCACCAGAGAGUCGGAGCGGCUGAUGUCGAAGAGGAAAGCGGAGGAGACUCUGUGUUGCCGGCCCGGCAAGCGUUUCGUUUCCCUGCUGCUGGAGCGCAAGAGGAGCGUGUGGCCCCCGGCGCCGAGUCCGCAGGCAGGCGCCAAGAGGAAGCUGCUGGAGGAGCCUCUGCUCGAGCCGCACUGCAAGAGGCCCGGGAGCGCGGCCGGCGGCGGGAUCGCGCGGCCCGGACACGCGGACAGCGCGAGCGGAGCGGGGCACGUGGCCGCACCCGGGAACGGCGGGAGCGCGAGCGGCGGGGGCCAGGGGCGGCCCGCUCGCGACCCCACUCCCGGCUGCAGAACGUCUCGCCUGACCGGGAUUGCACAGAAUGCACCUUGGGAUGAAGUAUCUUGUCAAUACAACUCUUUUCAGUUCUGGAGAGUUCAGUUGCCUCCUGUUGACUUGACUGAGAUUGAGGAUUUCAGACAGCCGAAGAUAACUGAAGAAAUGAAUUGUGAAGAUCCAGAUGAGUCAGGAGAAAUAGAGAUGGAGCUGCAAAACUGAGAUUGUCGUAAAAAAUUAUGAUUGCAUCUUUUGAAAUAAAUGAUAGGGCUAGGAUAUAUCCUGGAAGAAGGGAGAAAGGUGCAGUGCAUCCUUAGUUUUUCUAAAAAUGCUGAUUGUUGCAAGUGAUCUAUAUUUCCUGCAUUCUUCUUAUAGCUUGUUUGGGGAGAACAUUAAAGGUGCACAAGCUUUCAAAAUUACCAGGCUGUUCAAAAAUGCAGGGAUGCCGUUCAAUAAAAUUGUAAACUAAUGUGUAAUUGGUUAUCUGAGUUGAAAUAAUCUACUUACUCCAGAGCCAACGGAUGUCCUGUAAAUGGACAAGCCGCAGAUUUAAUAUGGAAUUCAAACUGUUGAUAGGAUUUAGGUUGUCUAAUUGUGAUUAUUGGUUCAUGACAGCUCAUACAGUCAUGCUAAAUGUAAUAUUACAGUUAUAAAGUUAUAGUUGGAUGUCCAAGAAUACUUAAGUUUGUUCAUGUUCUUUAGUAAUAUUAAUGUAAAAUGUGCAAUUUAUGAUUUUUUUAAAAAGUUUACUCCUCUUCCUCUUUAAAGGUAUUGAUCAUGUUUGGAUGCAAUUUCAUUCAUACUGCACUGGCAUCCUGCAGUAUCUCAUCCAAAUGGCCAGCCUUCAAGUGUGAAUUUUGAAUUUUUGAAUUAUUGAGAGUAAUACAAAAAGUGUCAAUGUGUACUUGAAAUGCUCUCCUGAGCUGCUAGUGGGGAAAAAAAGCAAACAAUGGCUGAAAUCGUUAGUCUUAACUGUGAGAAUCAUAACCGAUUUGUACUGUUUCGAUGCUGUUGGACUUCCUCUGAGUUUAUUUGUUAACCAAAAAAAAAUUGCUUUUGAAGCGAUUUGUCUGUGUAACAUUGACCUCGAUGCAGGCAGCCUGCUUUUGUGAUCAAAAUGUAACUAAGUAACAAAGACUAGCAAGUGAGAGCAAAAGAGGGAAGGUAAUACAAACUAAUUAAACUCUCUUUUCUCUCCACAGAUGCUGCCAGACCUGCUGAGUUUCUCCUGCAAUUACUGCUUUUGUUCAUAACCCAAGUAGCUUUUUUUGAAAAAAUUCAAGUUUAUGCAUUAGGUUUUAAGGGUUAAUACAUUAAUAAUAGGUCUGUUAAACAUUUGAGUAGCUAUGUCAUUUCAAAUUCUUUUAUUGUAAGUGAAAGUAAUGAAACUAGUUGAUGCAGGUAGACAAAGUUUGCCUGAAUUUGCCCAUGGUAAUGGGAUCUAAACUCUUCAAUAUGACUAAACAAUUAGUGAGUUUAUUGUUUUGCAUGGUGAUUUUCCCAAUAACCCGGACCUGACUGAUCUCAAAUGAGAAAGAAACCUAGGGAGAGUACUUUGUUAUUUGCAAGAUAUCAAAGUGUGUAGCUGGAUGAACACAACGGGCCAAGCAG